UAAUUCAUAUGGUUGGUCUGUGCUCCCCUCAUUUCCGCUUAAUAUCUAUGUUACUAAACAGCACAACCAGAUAAGCCUCAGUAUUAGCUCUAUUUUUCAAGCCUCUCGAUACAUUAGAACUCUGGAGUACACCGUGAAUAUUCUUUUCUGUGUCAAUCAGCCAAAAAGAGUGAACAAGAGCUAAAGGAUGAAGAAAUGGAAUUGUUCACAAAAUAUUACAUGGAGUGGAAAGGAGGGAAAAAAUGUGACAAUAUAUCAUAUGCAAACAUACCACGAUUUUACUACAGGUUGCCAGCUGAAGAUGAAGUCUUGCUUCAGAAAUUAAGAGAAGAAUCUAGAGCUGUCUUUCUGCAGAGAAAAAGUAGAGAACUAUUGGAUAAUGAAGAGCUGCAGAAUCUAUGGUUCCUACUGGACAAACAUCAAACAUCACCAAUGAUUGGGGAAGAAGCAAUGAUUAAUUAUGAGAACUUCUUAAAAGUUGGUGAAAAAGCUGGACCAAAAUGCAAGCAAUUUUUUACAGCGAAGAUCUUUGCUAAAUUACUCCAUAAUGAUCCUUAUGGGAGAAUAUCUAUCAUGCAGUUUUUCAAUUAUGUCAUGCGAAAAGUAUGGCUUCAUCAGACAAGAAUAGGUCUCAGCUUAUAUGAUGUGGCAGGACAAGGCUACCUCAGAGAAUCAGAUUUAGAAAACUAUAUUUUGGAACUCAUCCCUACUUUGCCACAACUGGAUGGCUUAGAAAAAUCUUUUUAUUCUUUCUAUGUCUGCACAGCAGUUAGAAAGUUCUUCUUCUUUCUGGAUCCUCUCAGAACAGGGAAGAUAAAGAUACAGGAUAUUUUAGCUUGCAGCUUCCUGGAUGAUUUACUGGAGUUAAGGGAUGAAGAACUUUCUAAAGAAAGUCAGGAAACAAACUGGUUUUCUGCUCCUUCUGCAUUAAGAGUUUAUGGUCAGUAUUUAAACCUUGAUAAAGAUCACAAUGGCAUGCUCAGCAAAGAAGAACUGUCCCGAUAUGGAACAGGGACUUUGACCAACAUAUUUUUGGAUCGUGUCUUUCAGGAAUGCUUAACUUAUGAUGGUGAAAUGGACUAUAAAACCUACUUGGACUUUGUGCUUGCAUUAGAAAACAGAAAGGAGCCUGCAGCUCUGCAAUAUAUUUUCAAACUGCUUGAUAUAGAGAACAAAGGACACCUGAAUGUCUUUUCCCUUAAUUAUUUCUUUAGGGCUAUUCAGGAACAAAUGAAAAUUCAUGGACAAGAACCAGUUUCUUUUCAGGAUGUCAAGGAUGAAAUCUUUGAUAUGGUGAAGCCUAAGGACCCGUACAAAAUCUCCCUUCAAGACUUGAUCAAUAGCAGUCAAGGAGACACUGUUACCAGCAUUCUAAUUGAUCUGAACGGCUUCUGGACGUACGAGAACAGAGAGGUCCUUGUGGCAAGCGAUAAUGACAACACUGCUGAUGUUGAUGAUACGUGACUUUGAAUGGGAGCUGCCUGUAUCCAUAGAGAUCUUAAUCUGAUGGGCCAACUGUUGGAAGCUGGAAACAUUCAUUAUUGGAAUCAAUCCCUCUUCCAUUUUCCCUUCCUCCUUUGCCCCUACAUAUGAUAUAAAAUGUAGUACAUAAACGAAUCACAGAACUAAUUUUUGAAACCAAAAAUGCAAGUGUUGUUUAAGAGGCAAACAUUACCUUUUUUUAAAAUAAAUAUUUUUGGACUUUU